GAAAGGAAAUGACAAGAGCUCUGAGUUGUAGAGAGAAAAAUAGUGGGUUUGAGAGAGAGAGAGAGGGGGCCAAUUUCAUUUGGGUUUUUUUUUAGAGAAACUGAAGAAGACCCACUUGAAAGUGGAAGCUGAAGGGGGAGCGUAGGAUAAGCAGUGAGGAGAAAGUUCAAGCCUUUUUGAGGUCUCUUUCUGUGUUUCUCCCUGUAUAUGUUUGUGUGGUAAUGGUUGAUGUGUUGAAGCUGUAACAUACACUGGUUGCGUAGGAUAAGCAGAGCUGACAUAAAAGGUUUGAUUUUUGUUUCUGGGUUCAGACUUCAGAGAGAGAUGGGUAGUAGUGAGCAUUUUAGAAGUGUGAGAGUGAGUGGCAGGGGAUUGGCUCUGGUUCUUUGUCUGUUGGGUCUUGUCUCGCUAACUUGCGCUACUAGGUUGAGUGUCUCCAGGCAGAAGCUUGAGGUGCAGAAGCACUUGAAUCGGCUGAACAAGGCUGCAGUUAAAAGCAUUGAGAGCCCAGAUGGAGAUAUAAUUGACUGUGUCCAUAUAUCUAAUCAGCCAGCUUUUGAUCACCCUUUCCUCAAAGACCACAAAAUCCAGAUGAGGCCUAGUUAUCACCCUGAAGGGCUCUUUGAUGAGAGCAAGGUAUCUGAAAAACCCAAAGAGAGAACAAACUCAAUCACUCAGCUGUGGCACCAGAAUGGUAAAUGCCCUGAAGACACCAUACCAGUAAGGAGAACAAAGGAAGAUGAUGUUCUUAGAGCAAGCUCAACUAAAAGAUAUGGAAAGAAAAGGCACAGAGCCAUCCCUCAGCCCAGGUCUCCUGAUCCUAGUCUUACCACUCAAAGUGGCCACCAGCAUGCAAUAGCAUAUGUUGAAGGAGAUAGAUAUUAUGGAGCAAAGGCAACCAUUAAUGUAUGGGAACCCAAAAUACAACAGCCUAAUGAGUUCAGCUUGUCUCAGCUAUGGAUUCUGGGGGGUUCUUUUGGUGAAGAUCUUAACAGCAUUGAAGCUGGUUGGCAGGUCAGUCCAGAUUUAUAUGGUGAUAACAACACCAGGCUCUUCACUUACUGGACUAGUGAUGCAUAUCAAGCUACUGGUUGCUACAACCUCCUAUGCUCAGGCUUUAUUCAGAUCAACAGUGAAAUUGCAAUGGGUGCAAGCAUCUCACCUGUAUCUGGCUUUCGCAAUUCCCAAUAUGAUAUCAGUAUACUUAUUUGGAAGGAUCCGAAAGAAGGGCACUGGUGGAUGCAAUUCGGCAACGACUAUGUAUUGGGUUAUUGGCCUGCAUUCCUGUUCUCAUACUUAGCAGACAGCGCUUCCAUGAUCGAGUGGGGAGGAGAGGUUGUGAAUUCAGAGCCAGACGGUGAACACACCUCGACUCAAAUGGGUAGCGGUCGUUUCCCUGAAGAAGGGUUUAGUAAAUCAAGCUAUUUCAGGAACAUUCAGGUUGUUGAUUCUUCAAAUAACCUUAAGGCCCCCAAAGGUAUUGGCACCUUCACCGAGCAAUCUAACUGCUACGAUGUCCAAACCGGCAGCAAUGGGGAUUGGGGCCAUUACUUUUAUUAUGGAGGCCCUGGUAGAAAUCCCAAUUGCCCAUGAUGAAAAACUACCUUACUCCCUCUCCCUCUCCCUCUCCCUCUCCCUCUCCCUGUGUAUCGCAUUCAAUAUAAGUGUAAUCCUUCCCUCUCUCCCUCUUUGUAUACCCUUUUUAGCUAGGUUGGGUUAGUGACAUAUGUAACCUUGGCUGCUGUGGGAAAUUUUGAGUCUUUUGUCUUGAACAGAAAAGGAUUCUCCAUGCAAGUCUGUUGGGGAAUCUGAGGCCAAAUUUCUUCAAAGCUAAUAGAAACAAGGCCUUCCUUUCUCAUCUUUGUAUUCUAUUUGUUUGUCCUACUGUCUUUGGAGUGGUUUGUUAAAAGAUUGGAGUUCUACUUGCUGAAA